AUGACGGUGCAACGAGACGAGCGCGAUUCGCGCGCGCCCAGGACUCGCUUCAUGAUCACUGAUAUCCUGGAUGCGGCUCCAAGGGACCUUAGCGCACAUCGGGACUCGGACUCGGAUCGAUCAGCAACGGAUUCACCAGGUGUAAAAGACGACUCAGAUGACGUAUCAAGUAAAAGUUGUGGGGAUGCCUCUGCGUUGGCGAAGAAGCAACGGAAAGCACGGACGGCCUUUACAGAUCACCAAUUACAAACUUUGGAGAAGUCUUUCGAGAGACAGAAGUACCUUAGCGUGCAAGACAGAAUGGAACUGGCAGCGAAACUUGGACUCACGGAUACGCAGGUCAAAACCUGGUAUCAGAAUAGACGGACAAAAUGGAAACGACAAACGGCGGUUGGGUUGGAACUUCUAGCAGAAGCCGGGAACUAUGCAGCCUUCCAGCGACUAUACGGUGGUUAUUGGGCGGGCGUCCCAGCUUAUCCCGCCCAGCCGGCGCCCACCGCUGAUAUGUAUUACAGACAGGCGGCUGCUACUGCAGCAGCUGCGGCAUCUGCAUCAGCAAAUACGCUGCAGAAACCUUUACCCUAUAGGUUAUAUCCCGGUACGCCGUUAGCUGGCGUUCCCCCUCUCGGUCUAGGGCUCCCUGGCCCUUCAGCCCACCUUGGCUCCCUGGGGGCGCCAGGCCUCGGAGCUUUGGGUUACUACGCCCAAGCCAGACGUACUCCUUCGCCCGAUGUCGAUCCGGGGAGCCCUUUGCCCCCUCCCAGAUCUCCCGUGCCGUCCGAAAGACGAUCCGAUGACGAGGACGACGAUGAAACAAUUCACGUAUAA